GCCUUCCUCAUGGGCUGGGGACCCCAGGGUAGAGGUAGGGGACCAUUGGCCACGAGCCCCAGGGCUCAGGGCUCCAGUUGUCACUACCCUCCAACCCCCUGCCAGCGUCGCCAUACCACCGGUUAGGGAAGAAUCAGGGCUGGGGUUCAAAGGCGUGUGCACAUGUGUCGACUGGCGCAAAGGCACCCCCCAUAACCCCCUGAAGGCAGGGAGCCUGCUGUAGGGCCCCUGACCACCUGGAGGAACGUGGGGGUGUCUGAACCUGACACUGCUGGACACUGGGAGCUGGGAGGAGCCAGGGGACACUCCAGGGGACACUGUCCCCAGGCCUGGGCCUGGCACAUCCCACAGCUACAAGCUGAGAUCCCAAAGAAUCUUUGAGACCCAGUGUUUUACGCCAGUCUCAGUCUACAGAUAGAAAUCCCUGGGGGCUCCCCUGGGCUGGUGAGCUUCCCACAGACACGUCUGCUUUCUAACCCAACACUGCAACUGGCCAGCCCGGUGGCGACUGCAAGACCCCUCUCAACAAGAAUCAUCAGGAAACUUUGAAAAGAUGCAGGUUUAUGACUCCCAGAACCUGGAAAUGUCACAGCACACCUGGGUCACGCGGUGGGGUCGCGGGCAGAGAGAGAGUGCAUAGGCCAGGGGUGCUGCUUUUAUUGGGGUCCAGAGUGGGGGCUCGAUCCUUAAUGGUGAAUUUAAAACAUAGGAGCGGGAAUUUAAAGUGCAGGAAGGGAGGGGGGAACCCAAGUGGCCCAAAAGGUCAGUUAUUAAAACCAACCAAGAUUUCCAGAACAAAGGGGCUUCGUUGGGGGAGGGGUGGGCUCCCGGUCGUGGGGCUGGCUGCCUGUUUAUUUGAGACACCCACCUUUGAAGUGUACGCCUCUGCAAUCAAAGCUUAAGUCAGGUACUUGCAUUAGAAACACCCCCCCCCAAAACCAAAACCGGGCUUACGUGACAAUCAGCUUUUCCCACCACUGGGGGACUGCCCCCAGGCACAAAGGGACAGAGAUCAAGGAGAGCGAUUGCCUGUUUUCUCCAUUUUUGCAGCUCUGGUCUGUUUUCUGCAAUGUCCCCUGCUUCCAGGGAGGGGGAGAUUUCGGGUGACGCUGGGAGGGCAGCCCACCCGGAGGUCAAGGGUUAAGAACCUGGGCAGCAAGUCGCACCCUCCAGACUGAGGGGAGGAUGACCCAGCCAGGCCCAGUCUCCAGGCCCCCCAGCCCAGCUCUGUGGGCACUGCCCCUUGGGCAGACCCCAGCACCUCGAACCCCGGCCCACCCUGCCUCCGGCAACUGAGAGGCAAACUUUCCUGUUGGGCUGGCAGUUGGAUGCUCCCACUUCCAUCACUACCCCCGUGGCCACUGUCAGGACACCUGAGCCUGCUCUGGGAGACCCCAGGCCAGAGAGGGGGGCCAGCAGGCUGGGGCCCCGGGGGAGUACUCAGGGCCCAGUGGGACGCCCCUACUCUAAAGUCUGCUCAGCAUCAAGGUCAGCAUUUCCUGGGCCCUCCGGGCAGUUGGCGUGGGAGCAGAAUUUGGGGAAUCCCUCGGGUACAGGAGGGCAUGAAUGGCCUCUGCAGCCCUGGCCCUCCCCCCACUGACCUCACCCAGGGGGCCUGCAGGAGAAUGAGCCCAGUGUGUCCCGUGCGGGGCAGUGCCAAGCAGUCCCCAACAAAGGAGCCUUUGGCGUGCCUGGCGCUGGAAUGUCAGCCUGCGGCAGGGGUGAGGGGACAGGCCACUUCAGUACCCUCCUCCCUGUGGCCUCGGUCCCAGCCACACUGCAUUGCCUGACCACCAGUCCAGCUCUAGGCCCUGGUGUCCCAGCCCGACUCGUCCCUGUGGCUCGGGCACAGCCUUCCCAGACCCACCCAGAAAGAUGCCCGGAUGCGACUUGCAGUACAGCUGCUCAAGGCCACAGACCUGGGCCGGCACAGCCUCCUGUACCUGGAAGAGAUUGGCCACGGCUGGUUCGGGAAGGUGUUCCUGGGAGAGGUGAGCUCGGGCAUUAUCAGCACUCAGGUGGUGGUGAAGGAGCUGAAGGCCAGUGCCAGCGUGCACGAGCAGGUGCAGUUCCUGGAGGAGGCGCAGCCCUACAGGGCCCUACAGCAUGGCAACCUGCUCCAGUGCCUGGCCCAGUGCACAGAGGUGACACCCUACCUGCUGGUGAUGGAGUUCUGCCCCAUGGGGGACCUCAAGGGCUACCUUCGCAGCUGCCAGGUGGCGGAGUCCAUGGCGCCUGACCCCCUCACCCUGCAGCGCAUGGCCUGCGAGCUGGCCUGCGGGGUCCUGCACCUGCAUCGCAACAACUAUGUACAUAGUGACCUGGCCCUGAGGAACUGCCUGCUCACGGCCGACCUGACGGUGAAGAUCGGCGACUACGGCCUGUCUCAUGGCAAAUACAGGGAAGACUACUUUGUGACGGCCGACCAGCUGUGGGUGCCGCUGCGCUGGAUCGCGCCCGAGCUGGUGGACGAGGUGCACAGCAACCUGCUGGUGGUGGACCAGACCAAGGCGAGCAACGUGUGGUCCCUGGGCGUGACCAUCUGGGAGCUCUUUGAGCUGGGCGCACAGCCCUACCCCCACCACUCCGACCGGCAGGUGCUGGCCUACGCCGUCCGGGAGCAGCAGCUCAAACUGCCCAAGCCCCAGCUGCAGCUGACCCUGUCUGACCGCUGGUAUGAGGUGAUGCAGUUCUGCUGGCUGCAGCCCGAGCAGCGCCCCACGGCGGAGGAGGUGCACCUGCUGCUGUCCUACCUGUGCGCCAAGGGCACCACCGAGGCGGAGGAGGAGUUCGAGCUGCGCUGGCGCUCGCUGCGGCCAGGUGGGGGUGGCCCAGGGCCCGGGCCGGGGGCGGCCUGCCUGGCACUGGGGGGCGCGGGCGAGCUUGCCGCCGCCUCGUCCUUCCCAUUGCUGGAGCAGUUCACGGGCGACAGCUUCCACGCGGACUGCGACGACGUGCUGACGGUGACCGAGACGAGUCGCGGACUCAACUUCGAGUACAAAUGGGAGGCGGGCCGCGGUGCGGAGGCCUUCCCGCCGCCGGGGGGCGCGCCGAGCCCGGGCCACACUGCGCACCUGCAGGAGCUCUGCGCCCCCGACGGCGCGCCCCCUGGCGUGGUGCCGGUACUCAGUGCGCACAGCCCCUCGGUGGGUAGCGAGUACUUCAUCCGCCUGGAGGAGCCCGCGCCCGUCGCGGGCCACGACCUGGACUGCGCCGGCUGCGCCCCCAGUCCCCUUGCCGCAGCCCUGACCUCCCAGGGCAGCGACCGCAAUGAGGACUCUGACGGCAGCGCGAUCACCUCGCUGGCUAUGGAGCCACUGCUGGGCCAGGCGCCACCCACCACCACCAGCCCCUGGGGCCACUGCGACCACUACCCAUGCAGGAGUGUCACUCAGGAUCCGCCCCGCCUCGCGCGCCCUCCCUCUCCCAAGGCCCUGAUGCUGGCAGAACCCGGACUGGAGGACACUGCCUGGGGUGUGGCCACCUUCUGCCCUCCCUUCUUUGAGGACCCGUUGGGCACAUCCCCCUCUGGGACUUCAGGGGCCCAGCGGUCCCUGGGCAAGGAGGAGGAGCCAGGGGAGGCUGAGGCUCGCAGGGCUGCCCAGCAGAGACACUGGAGCUCCAACAUGUCUGCCAACAAUAACAGUGGCAGCCGAGCACCGGAGUCCUGGGAUCCAGGCUACGCAGGCGGCUACAUGGACGGCUGCCCCGGCAGGAAGCAGACUCUACGGGCUGUCCCUGAGCUGGGCCACCCUCUGGCCCCAGAGGACCCCAGAGAGCCUCUCCUUGGGCCAGAGGGGGCCUCCUUCGGCCAGAAGCCGGGUCUCUGCCUUGGUCUCCCCCAUCUGUGUCCUGCUGAGGGCCUAGCACCUGCCACCAGCCUGGUCACAUCCCCCUGGACAGAGGCAGCCGUAAGUGGGGGCAACAGCCCCCAGACACAGCCCAGGCUUCUGGAGGAGGCUGAGGGCUCUGCUGGACCCCAACUGCCCCUUCCAUCCAUCCCAUCCCCAUCCCAAGAGGGAGCCCCGCUUCCCACUGAGGAGGCCAGUGCUCCCACCGCCCUGCCUGCCUUGCCCACACCUGCCAGCAGCUGGGCAACUGCCAAGGAGGUAGCCCAAACCCUGGACAGCGGCAGCAGCUUCCUGGAGCUGGAGGCGCAAGGCAGUGAGGAUGAGGACACCACAGAGGCCACUUCAGGUGUUUUCACCGACUUGUCCAGUGAUGGCCUGCAGGCCGAGAAGCUGGACGUGAUGCCAGCCUUCCGCUCCCUGCAGAAGCAGGUGGGAACCCCCGACUCCCUGGACUCACUGGACAUCCCAUCCUCAGCUAGCGAUGGUGGCUGUGAGGUCUUCAGCCCAUCAGUGGUUGGCACCUCUGGAGGGCAGCCCCGAGCCCUGGACAGCGGCUAUGACACAGAGAACUACGAGUCCCCUGAGUUUGUGCUCAAGGAGACGCACGAACCAUGUGAGCCAGAAGUUUUCGGAGAGCUGGCCUCAGAGAGUGAGAGCCCUGGGGCCGAGUCUCAGCUCUCCGCCUCCCUCAGCAGCUUCAGCGAGAAGAACCCCUACCGUGACUCAGCCUACUUCUCCGACCUGGACACGGAGCCUGAGACCCCUGUGGGCCCAGAAAAGAGAGGAGGCGGUGUCCCGGCCCCUGGGCCAGAGCUGGAUCUGGAGAGCGGGCAGAGCUCUGGGCUUCAGCCUGUACAGCCCUCCUCUGAGUCUGGGGUGUCUGGAGAGGCACAGAGCCCGGGCCCCAGGGAGGUGCCACCACUGCCAUUGUGUGAGGACUCUUCCCUUGAGCCACGCGCCUGCUCCACAGGCCCCAGGCCAGAGCCUCUCUGGCCCCAAGGCCCAGCCCAGGUGCCUCCAGUGCCCAGGCCCGGGCGUUCCAAGACUUUCCUGCUGACCCCGGUCCCACCGAACUCAGAGAGCCACCGCCCUGAGCUCCAGGAGGCCCAGGGACUGCUGUCAGCCCUGCAGGAACGGACAGGGGGCCCGGGCACCCCCAGAUCCCCACUCUGCCUGGCCCUGCCAGGACUCCCCACAGCCCCGGAGGGCCGGCAGGAGGACGACGAGGACGACAGCGAGGACAGCGAAGAGUCGGACGAGGAGCUCCGCUGCUACAGCGUCCAGGAGCCGAGCGAGGAGAGCGAGGAAGAGGCGCCGCCCGUGCCCGUGGUGGUGGCGGAGAGUCAGAGCGCGCGCAACCUGCGCAGCCUGCUCAAGAUGCCCAGCCUGCUGUCCCAGGCCUUCUGCGAGGACCUGGAGCGUAAGAAGAAAGCUGUGUCCUUCUUCGACGACGUUACCGUCUACCUCUUCGACCAGGAAAGCCCCACCCGGGAGCUUGGGGAACCCUUCCCGGGCGCCAAGGAGUCGCCCCCCGCGCUCCUGGCAGGCAGCCCCAGCUCCCCCAGCGUCCCCUGCCGGCCGCGACACGCUGAAGGGUCUCCCGACGGCUUCGCGGUGGAACCGGGCCGACGAUUCGAGUGGGACGACGGCUUGCCGCUGACGCCGUCCCAGCAGCCCGCCCUGGCCACCCCCACCGCGCCCUCCAAGGCGGCCGCGCCCCGCCACUUCUCGCGCUUCACCGUCUCGCCUGCACCCGCGUCCCGCUUCUCUAUCACGCACGUCUCCGACUCGGACGCCGGGUCCGUGGGAGGCCCGGCAGGAGGUGCUGGGAGCAGCUGUAAAGAAGCUUGAGGCCCAGGUGUUCCCCCUCUGGAGCCUCUGCCCGUCCUGCUCCAGGCAGCAGCAAGGAUGGUAACCGAGAGUGAGCGGAGUAUGGUUCUGGCGGUGGUCAGCAGCAGCUUCCAGCACCUUGAUGCCCCACGCAGUGCCCUGGACAGGAGCAGCCAUGCACGCCAGCUCGGUUGCUGCCCUGGGGGCAGGAUUCAUCCUGGACACUCGGGUCUGCUGCUAUGCCCCAGGCCUAGUGGCAUCUCACCACGCAGCUGCUCCCUCUGCCCUGGCCACUGCUAUCAGACUGCUUGGCCUGAGGCCAGGGGACCUGCUCGUGGCUGGAGGGGCUCCCACGCCCUGCCCACUGGGUCCCGUGUUGCACUGCAGAAUGCUGUGUCCCUAUCCCGGGCGAGAGAAUGGGCACAGGCCUCUCCCUGCCCCCUUGGCUCCUUCCGCCUUGUUCUGGGUUUGCUCAGUGCGAGAAGAAGACCCCAGGCUCGGGGGCCCCACCACCCUUACCUCAAAGUCUGUGGCUGUAUUUCCCUUACUGACUCAGCUAGACCCAGAAGCUUUCCUUCCCCCUGGGGUCUGGGGCGGCUCCUGCCUGGGUGGCGCUGCUGGAGCCAAGGUGGGCAGCACGAAAGGUGGGGGGCUUUCAGGCCACACCCCUGCUGACACAGCCCCGUUCUAGAGGUGCCCGCUGCUGGCUGGUGUGGGCAGCAGCCCUCUGCAGGGCACUGCCCAGCGUGGCCCAGCUGCCAAAGGAGAGUGGGGGCUGCCCCCAUGGUCAAUGUCAGGGCGCCUGCCAGCAGGGAAGGGGACUUGGGAAGGGGUGGAGCUGGGAGGGGGUGGGGGCAGGGAGCAGCACAGGGGAUAUUUUUGUAACCGCUAUUGUCAGAGCAAAUGGAAAUGGGACGAUCUUCAGUUACUGUUGCCAAAGAGAUGUAAGUUUAUUGUUGCUUUGGGAGUGUGGGUGGGGACUCAUUUGGGUUUGUGUUUUUGUUUCUUAUUAGUUUGAGGCUUAGGAUGCUGGUGCAAUGAUUUUCUUGUUCUUUGUUUUUUUAAGAGAAAUCAAGCUAAGACAAAAAAGCCUUCACGCCCAGCGUG